UUAGUAUCCUUCACACAGAGUGAUGCAGGGAGGGGAAUUUCUUCUUAGAUCCUUUUCCAUUUGAACCUUUUACUUAAGAAGUCAAUGAAAAUUCUUUUUCCUCCACCCUUUUUCAACUAAGUCCACUAUUAAUAUAACAGAAAUAAUUCUGUAGAUGUUAUAGAUGUUAUUUAUGAGGAUGUGGAACAGAAGGCUGUUAGUAAUGUACGGGUUCUGUGGACUGUGAUGUUUACAAGACAAGGUCUGAGUGCUUAUUAUGUAGAACAUCUGUGUGGAGGUAAUGUAUUGAGAAGGUAUGGAUUGUGAUGUUUUCUUUCUUUUUGGAAUAAUUUAUCAACUAGAUAACUAGUCUCAGUUGAGGGACCAAAUCAUUAUUGAGCCAUUUAAGAACUUGCUACUUUGCUGUGUCAAUUAGUGUCGUGUAAACAGUACUAUCUGUUCCUGCUUAUAUGUAAACGUGAUGAAUGUCACAGUAAAUCAAGCUUGUAUCUUAAGUUACAACACAAAGCUGCCAGUUGCUGACUGGUUUGUAUUAAGCUCUAAAGUUAGACUUGCAUAGUUGGGCUGCAUGCAGGUAAUCUUGGAAAUGGAGCUCAGUGUUUUGUGUCAAAUGUAGAGCCAGUGUUUGUUUUUGUUCAGUGGAGAUGAAAACAGCUAUUGAAUCCUUUGUAUUUCAGCUCAGCUGCACUAAGCAUUGUUUUACUUGCUUUCAAACUUUAGCCAAUGCAUAAAUGGGUUUGACAUUCUAAUCUGAAAUUACUUUUAUAAGCUCUCCUGGAAGAGUUGCAUGGAUUUGUCAUAGGGAUUUAAAAUUUUUUCCCCUCUUUGUUUUCAAGCUUGUCUGAGAAGCUCCAAACUUUUUGUUGUGAAGCUACAUUGCUCACUGUUAAAUUAAAGUAGAAGGUGCUGCCUUUGCAGCCAGCUUUUAAAAUUUCAUUCAGUGAAACUGCCAGAGCUUGAUGAAUUAAGAACAAAAUAUUGAGUCUUCAUUUUGAAAGCAGCAUUUCAAGUUGCUGCAUACAUGGUGUCAGGUUUACAGAUUAGUUGUCACUGAUGACAAUUAAUCUCAAGGUUUGUUUGGGAUGAAUUUUAGGCUCGGACAAUGUCUUCUUCUUUCCUGUUAGUAAGCUGCAUUGGUGGUGUGGUGUCUGGGGGUCCUGCACAUGGCCAUAGGAGAGGUGGGACACUAACCCUGCUUGCUCUUCUGCCACCCUGAUGCAUGUUUGCUCUUGAUAUAUCAGACCACAUGCAAGAAAAGGGGAGUUUUUUCUUAUGUCUUGGGUACACUGUGGUGACUGAGGUAGUUGUGGCUGGCUGCCUUUCAGAGACAAACAGUAAGAUGAAUGAAAACAUCUGAUGGACAUAUUGAUGGGCUGUGUAUACUUCACAUUAAUCAAUAAACAGAUCUAUAGGGAAACUGUGAGAUUGCACUUAAGAAAAAAUAUCUGUAUUCCUAAUGUGACUGAUGAGAACCUGCUCUUACAGCAAAUCUUAAUAGAGAACUGCAAGUUUUAGUAUUAACUCUUAAUUUCUUUUUGUUUGUUUGCUUUUUCUUAACAUAUUUAGAUGGCCUUUGACUUCUGUUACCAGAUCAAUGUCUUUUCCCAUUUUUUCACACCACACCAGUCUUGGAAACCUGAUGCACAACUUUAUUGUACAUGCAGUGGGAACCAGGAAUGCUAGUUCACAUGUGUUAGAAAUGGAGGAACAGAAUGCUGGACCUGGGAUUGAAGAUUUAUAAAGGAUUAUGGGAUUGUACAUUGAAGAGCCAGCAGGCGGGAUGCCUGAGUGACUGAAGAAAAUGGGUGCUAAUGCAUCUAACUACCCUCACUCGUGUUCCCCAAGGGUAGGGGGAAAUUCACAGGCACAACAGACAUUCAUAGGGACAUCAUCCUACUCUCAUCAAGGUUUUGGCUGUGAAUCAAAGCUCUAUAGCCUUGACCAUGGCCAUGACAAACCUCAAGACAAGAAGAAGAAAACCUCUGGCCUUGCCACCCUCAAAAAGAAGUUCAUUAAGCGUCGGAAAUCGAGCCGAUCUGCUGACCAUGCCAAGCAGAUGCGUGAGCUCCUCUCAGGCUGGGAUGUCAGAGAUGUUAAUGCGUUAGUAGAAGAAUACGAAGGAACAUCAGCCUUAAAGGAACUUUAUCUACAAGCUAAUUUGGCAAGACCGGAAGCCAGGACGCUACAAAAAGACAUGGCUGAACUUUAUCAAUACAAAUAUUGUACUGAUGUAGACUUAAUAUUUCAAGAAACUUGUUUUCCUGUGCAUCGUGCAAUAUUGGCGGCAAGAUGUCCAUUUUUUAAGACGCUGCUUUCUUCCUCACCAGAGUACGGGGCAGAAAUAAUAAUGGAUAUUAACACAGCUGGCAUAGAUAUGCCUAUGUUUUCUGCUUUGUUACACUACCUUUAUACGGGCGAGUUUGGAAUGGAGGAUUCGAGAUUCCAAAAUGUUGAUAUUCUUGUGCAGCUUAGUGAAGAAUUUGGAACACCAAAUUCCUUGGAUGUUGACAUGCGCGCACUGUUUGAUUAUAUGUGCUACUAUGAUGUGGUUCUUAGCUUUUCAUCCAACUCUGACUUGGUUGAAACUUUUGGUGGAAGUCAGAACUGUCUAGAUGAAGAGCUCAGAGCUCACAAAGCCAUUAUUUCAUCACGAUCUCCCUUUUUCCGUCACUUGCUGCAGAGAAGGAUACGAACCGGUGAAGAAAUCACAGACCGAACUCUACGGACUCCAACUAGAAUUAUAUUGGAUGAAUCUAUCAUACCAAAAAAAUAUGCUAAAGUCAUUUUGAACUGUAUGUAUACAGAUGUGGUAGACCUCUCCGUUUUGCACUCCAGUCCUUCGGUGGGCAGUUUAAGUGAAGUUCAGGCUCUUGUAGCAGGAAAACUAAACAUGACUAGGGCUGAAGAAGCCAUGGAGCUUUAUCACAUAGCACUGUUCUUGGAGUUUAACAUGCUUGCACAAGGCUGUGAAGAUAUUAUUGCUGAGAGCAUCUCCCUGGACACCCUGAUUGCCAUUCUGAAGUGGAGCUCUCAGCCCUACGGCUCCAAGUGGGUGCAUCGCCAAGCACUGCAUUUCCUCUGUGAGGAGUUUACCCAGGUCAUGACUUCAGAGGUCUUCUACGAACUCAGCAAGGACCACCUGCUCACAGCUAUUCAGUCUGACUAUUUGCAGGCAAGUGAACAAGAUAUUCUUAAAUAUCUGAUUAAAUGGGGAGAACACCAGUUGAUGAAGAGGAUAGCAGAUCGAGAGCCUAAUUUACUCAGUGGUACUGCUCACAGUGUGAAUAAAAGAGGUGUGAAGAGGAGAGAUCUUGACAUUGAAGAGCUGAGGGAGAUCCUGUCUCCACUUUUACCUUUUGUCCGCAUUGAGCACAUCUUACCCAUGAAUAGUGAAGUACUGAGUGAUGCAAUGAAGAGAGGCCUGAUUAGUACUCCUCCUUCAGACAUGCUACCAACAUCAGAAGGUGGAAAGUCAAAUGCCUGGCUGCGGCAAAAAAAUGCUGGAAUAUAUGUGCGGCCAAGACUGUUCUCACCAUAUGUGGAGGAGGCUAAGAUCUUGAUGAAAUUCCACCGGAAACAAAGCAGCGUUCUGAGGGAAACCUCCCUGGUUUCCAGCCAGUUUGCCGGCCCAGCUCCUCGGCAGCCCUCCUGGCAGGCGGAUGGCAAGUCGGUGCUGGACGAGAUGAUGGUGGAGCAAACGGACCUGGUCCGCCUGCGAAUGGUGCGCAUGUCCAACGUGCCCGACACGCUGUACAUGGUGAACAACGCGGUGCCGCAGUGCUGCCACGUCAUCACCCACCAGCAAGUCAGCACCAACCAGGCCAGUCCUCCCUCAGUCAUAGCCAACGAGAUCCCAGUUCCCAGUCUCCUGGUUGUGAAAGAGAUGAUCCGGCGGCUGCAGGAGCUGCGCCACACGGAGCAGGUGCAGCGAGCCUACGCUCUGAACUGCGGGGAAGGCGCCACCGUCAGUUACGAGAUCCAGAUCCGUGUGCUGCGGGAAUUCGGGCUUUCUGAUGCUGCUGCUGAGCUCCUGCAGAAUCCUCACAAAUUCUUUCCCGAUGAGCGAUUUGGGGAUGAAAGCCCACUGCUGACAGUGAGACAGUCUGGACGAUGUCGCGUCAACAGCACUCCCACUGCAGAAACCAUGUUUACAGAACUGGACUCUUUCGUGGCCUUCCAUCCACCACUGCCCCCUCCUCCACCUCCAUACCACCCACCAGCAACUCCUAUUCACAACCAGUUCAAAGUGGGCUGGAAACAAAGGGUGCCAAGUCAACAUCCCUCCCGUUCCUUUUCUUACCCCUGCAACCACUCGCUGUUCCACUCGCGGACCGCCCCCAAGGCUGCCCCUCCCGUUUACCUGCCCGGCGCCAAGGCGGCGCCUCCCGACUGCACCAACACCGCGGCUCUGGGCCGCCAGACCGUGGCGGCGGCAGCGGCAGUGAUGGCAGCUGAGAAACAAGUAUGUACUCAGCCCCUGCUGAAUGAACUGAUGCCAGACAUCGCAAUGGGUGUGUCAGCAAUGUCUUUGAAAGACCGAAGAUUACCAGAGCUCACGGUGGACACGGAGCUAAGCCAGGCGGUUACAGAGGUAGGGCCCGGCCCACCCCAGCACAUUUCAUGCAUUCAGAACAGACACAUGCCUACUUCUCGGAAAAAACAUGCAAUAGAGCAAAAAAUAGAUGCUCGAGAAAACCCGCAGGAAUAUCCUGACUUCUAUGACUUCUCUAAUGCUGCAUGCAGACCCUCUACUCCAGCACCCAACAGGCACAGUUCUUCACCUUCACAAGGCAUUUAUUUUGGCCCAGAUUUGUACAGCCACAAUAAGGCAUCACCAAGUGGCUUAAAGUCAGCCUAUCUACCUUCCCAGAUAUCUCCUAAAAAGCAAGAGGAUUCUAGGAGGGAGUACCUGCUCUCACAAGAUGGGCAUCAACACAGACAAAAGAACGAGCCAAUACACCUCGAUGUCUUAGAACAGCCUCCCCAGCGACUGGACUUGGCACUGGCUACCCAGGAAAAUGCUGGGAAUGGCCCUGUUCACGUCAGGGGAAGAGCAAAAAUGGAAACAGAUUUAACCUAUGGUCUGACCUCCAACAGACCUUCACUGUCUGCAUACAACUCUGAUGUGCCAGAAGAGAGACCCAGUAGGAGACUGGCAGAUGAUGAGCCAUUGGAACAUGGAGCACAGAGAAAUGCAGAUUUGGAAAGGGAAGAUGGAGUAAGCAGAGGAAGGAGGUCUCCAAAUAAACCAGACUUCCUGUACAAAAAAUCUGCCCUAUGAAAGCAACCUCCACUAUUUCUCUGUGCCUAAGAGUUGUAAACAUCCCAUUCCUUGCAACUUUUGGCCUGACUUCUGUCAGAGAAAUUCUUUCAUGCCAGCAGAAAAGUUCAGCUUUGCUCACUUGUUUUGUACAUACAUUGCUUUUUUAGAGACAGCAUGUUAUCAGUUUGGUUUUAAUGCUGCUUCUGGGUUUAUUUUGUUGCAAUUUUUUUUUGGAGCAGAUUUAAUUAAGCCUUUUAAAAAAACAGAAACUGGUACCUUUUUUCUACAACCUGGUAGCCUUUUGCACCUGUACAUCUAUUUUAGUGUAUUAGUUUUGUACUAAUAUGUUAAACUUUAAUGUCACAUUUAAAGGACUGUAUUUUCAUACUUUUGCAUUUACCCUUUCACAUGCUGAUUCUCUAUGUGCAUUGGUUUGCACAUUAUGAAAUGUAUUUUCUUAUGAGAUAAUAACAGUGCGUUUAUUUUUUAAUUAUAGGAAUUCCAAAGAACAGCACAUCAAAAAACCUACAUUUUUAGUUGGAUUUUUUUGUUUGGUUGGUUAGAUUGAAAUCUUCCUGAUUUUUAUGACUAUGGCGAGAAUCCAAUCUAAUAUUUUGUUUGAAAAGAUCUGCCAGCUGGUCUUAUCUUUGUAUGCAUAGCAAACCCACUUCAAAAAUUAUAUUUGAGGUUUUAAAAAUCAAGAGGGAUAUUUAGGAAUCCAAGUUCCUUUGAAAUUCACUGGAAUAUAACAGUAUGAGUCUGUUUACUUUUGUUUUGGCUGUGACCAUGGAGGACUCCAUGAUCACCUGGAAGCAGGAAGCACUUACUAGACAGACUAGAAUUGCUGAUUUGCCCAUUUAGAAAUAAAUCUAGAAAUACUGUAAAAAUUACAGUAAUUACUUGUUCUUCCAGCUGCUCAUCCGUGGGUAGGCGAAGACCAGAUGAGCGGAUUCCUGCUAACUCGUGGAGUGUCAGGAAGACGAGGCUCGGAGCCUUCGCUGUUGCCUGAACACGUGGGAGGGCUUCCCUCCCCGGCGGUGCGAGGUGACAGCCCCUGGCCUUGCUUUCUCCUGCCUGUGCUUACAAAAGGGCUUCACUCUCAGUGACAGCGUUCUUGCCUGGCCUCCCCUGGCCCCCAGGGGCAGCUGUUCUGUGAGCAGAAUCCAAGUGAGAGUCACUGCUUCAGCAACACGUGUGAAGCUCUGUGGCUCUUAAACUACACCUCCAUUGCCUGAUUUGCUUUUUGAAAGCACAGAAAUGAGAUUCCCCUGAUAACAGGAUGUGAGGAGGGAAAGAUGCUGAUCUGGGUUGGCUCCUGCCACUGGGGCAGGGUUCAGCAGAGCACCAGGGGAAGGGUUACAAUUAUGAAGUACAUCCUUAAUACUCAUGGUGCAGUUCUAACAACAAAUCCAUUGCAUCCAGGAUAGGGAUCUGAUGCCACUGCAGAGUAGUGAUUGCUGGGUAAGGUCCUGUUUGGUGGAGGGCUAAAUGCAGUUUCUGUAAUGAGUUUCCCUAUAGCAGAAAACUAUAGUCCCAGGUGUGACCUAAGGACUGCUUUAAGAUUAGGUUGAAUUGUUUCCUGCAGCUCAAAGUGCUUAAUACUGUUCAACAGAAAUCUUGCUGUAACUUUACUUUUGGUUUUAGUUGAUGGCAAAUUCUUACCUAAUAUAUUUCAUUGAAGUAUGGAGGGCCUGGUAACAACACAAUGUUACUGAAAUAUAUUGAAUACAGCAUUUCCAAACUACCAGAUAGCUUCUAGAUGAAUUAAGAUAUUGGUCUUUGAACCAAUAAACUGCAUCUCCUGCAGACACAUCUAUAGACCUGUUUCCAUGGUGGUUCUGCAGGUGCUCCUUUUGAGGUGCAGGCAUGGAAAGCAUGGUGUAGGGCUGGAGCAGAAACUUGCCUAAACUCUGCAGGUGAUGUGUCCUGUGGGUUAGGGGAGAUUUAUUUUUUUUUCCUCUGUCAGCUUUUUUUAUCUUGUUUUUUGCCCACAGUCAAGGCACUGGGUGGUCCUGGCUUCAUCACCCAUCUGUGGGAUUUCAAUGUGAGUGGUGUAGGACACUGUUAAGUGCAAGAAGUUGUCAGUGGGGGGAUGGUGCUGCUGCAGGUUAAGGGGCUGAGGCUCGUUGGGUUCCUCCUGAAAAUUUGAGCACAGUGCUGUCUGACUGCAUAGCUCUGACUGCACACAAAGGUCUCAUCCUCACCAGCAUGAGACCAGCUCAGUAGAACCAGUAACUUUCAGCACACUCAAGAACCCCGAAACUCCCUGGACUUGCAUCAUGUAUGUGUUGGCAGUUUAACUACUAAAUAUCAGAGCUGCCCUCAUAAAAUUUAUUAUUCUCAGUAUUUUUGCCUAAAACUGAUAGAUGUACUUCAGGAAAACUAUUUUGAUUAUCAUGGUUUGAUGUGGCACUGUGUACUUGGGCAGAGGUGGGACUGAGAUCUAUAGAUAGAAUUUUAAAGCUUGAAAUAUAGGGGGGGUGUGGCUGAUGAAAAGUUUUGAGGUUAUGGUUUGAGGGAAAUCAUGAAAUGCUUUGGCUUUGGAUAAGCUGGUGAGAAAUGCCUCUGGGGAGGACAUGUCUGUGUUUUAGAAUACAAAAUUGUUUCUGAAGUCUCAGGAGCUGUGCAUUAUUAAAAAAGAGUAUGAAUAACAUCUUCAAAAGUAGAUGCAGAAUGACAGGCAAGUCCUUCUGAGGCCACAAAGACAAUCAGGCCACGUAGACAAUCUCUUUUCACUUACAUAUUUUGAAUUGGGAAGAAGAUGGCAGCUAAUGGCAGCUGGUUUGAAGUGGAAAAGAAGGAUUUCUUUAAUUACUGGAACUUUGUUUUUGUAGUCCGGAGCAGGAUUUCCUACUUGGGAUGUGCAGCGGGGUGAGACCAUUUUCCAUGGCAGCAUCAUUCAGAAGCCAGUGUUCAUCCUACAUCUCACUUGCACACCACACGUACCUGUGCUACCUGCUACUCCUUGUUCUCUGUCUACUGAAACUUUGGUGCAGAAGCUCCUUGUUUACAUGAAGCACUUUCUGAUUAGGCUGGAAAUUGACACCUUUUCCCUCUAUAAAUUAGAUGGAAAUGACAGAUUAUUUUGCUUGAGGAUAGAGAUAUAAACAUUGUCUUUUUGAAUGAAGGAGACUCAUGCUCCUUGUUCUAUUAAAGAGAGCUCAGACUUGCAUUUAGUGAGCAACAUGCAAAAAGGUCUUAUUCCCCUUCCCCAAACCCAACUCCUCUUUUCCUUAAUAUAUGGAUGAAUAACUUAAUUCCUAAAACACAUUCUUCCUUUGAAAUGUUUUGUUGUUCCACAAAAUUAUUGUAGUUGUGUAUUAGUAACUGCUGUGUUGAUUGGCAGUUUCAUGUUGUAUUUUCCUGUUCUUAAGGAUUUUCACUUACGAAAAAUAAGGCUGUGGCCACCUGUACUUGUAAGCCUUGGGUUUUGGUCCCAAAUGUAUGUCUUUAGGGGUUUCUUUGGUUUGGGUUUGGGAGAGCGGGGGCACAAGGGGGUUUGGGUGUUUUGUAUGGGUUUUUGGUUUGGUUGUUUUUCUAGGGUUUUUGUUUUUUGAAAGAACACUAAUGCUGUUUGAGGCACUGUUCUAAUAAUUCUAUGCUUCUAUGGUAGAGGUGGUGCUGAGCCCUGCUGGAUGCAGGGAACAGCUCAGAGGGAAACUUGUAAAACCGCAUUUGGGGUUUCUGUAAUUACCUGUACUGCCAGAAGGCAGCCCUGCCCUCGGCAGUGUUAAGAAUUUGUUUCUUGUCCUUGUGUUGUUACUGGUAUAAAGUCAAGUGCCUUCAAUGCUAAAGGCUCAGAAAACUUUCUUAAACUGACUUCAUGUCCUAUGCAAGUGUUUUUUCUACAACCUGCAUAACCAGUACUUUGUAAAACUUGUUUACGCUUCAAUUGUACAUAGUGUUUUUUUAAAAAAAAUAGUAUUUUUAUUUAGGUACCUCCAAACUUGAAUUCUAGUCUUGUGUGAUGCAUUGUAAAACAAUACAUUUCUCUUUUGAGUACCAUUACAGUUGUAAAAAGGUUUUCACUGGUUCUAUUUUUCUACUGUUGCUGAGAAGCAUGUAACACUGACUUUAUCCUACGUAUAGUUGGCAUUUCAAAUAAAUGGCUUGUAUAGAA